CGCCAUGCGUUUCGACCUGCACUGGAUCGCGCUGCCCCUCCUGAUCCUCACCAGACUUCCGGAGGAGGCCAAGGCCGAGGCCAGCAAGGACUUCAGUCUGCCCGAUCAUGUGACGCGUCACAUGGCCCCAGAGAACGAUCCCUGUCGCGACUUUUAUGCCUAUGCCUGUGGCAACUGGUCGACUGUCCACGAGAAGGAUCCCUACAGGAGUCUGCUGGAGCAGCUGGACUAUGACUAUCAGGAGCGGCUGGCCAAUCUGCUGGAAGGAGAGUCCCAGACCUCGGGCAACGAGUCUCGUUUCCUGCAACUUCCUUUUGACUUUUACGCCUCCUGUCGCCGCAACCUGGACAUGCCCCAGGUGCUAACCUUCCUGCAGCAGCUGGUCACGCAUCCCAAACUGGGCAACAACGAACUAACCGUCGCCCUGACCGCCGCCUUUCGCCUCAAGGUCCUGGUGGAGAUGGGCGGCGACAAGAUGAAGAACAUCUGGCUGCAGUUGCUCCUUCGCUCCGGCCCGGAUUGGAACUCCAAUGAGACGAACAGGAAGCCCCUGCAAAGGCAUCAGUUUGAGCGGCUGUGGCUCCCAACGACAGCAGCGGGAAGGUUCUCCAAGGAGGUCUUCUGGCGGGAAGUGAGCCAGCUGGAAGGGCGCAUGAUGCAGGAGGACGACGAAGAGGAUCAAGAGAACGAGUUAACCGAUGACGACGAGUCCCUAGUUGAUAGCCAGCACAUUCCCGACUUUUGGAUGAUGCCUUGGCGGACAUCCCCGCCUAGCCUCAGGUACAUCCUGCAUAUGGCAGCGUUGCUGAUACAGAAGCCGCCGGCCUUCCUGAUUCCCUACAUCCUGCUCAGACUGAGGUUUGCCGCAGAAGCAGGGGAGAAGAUGGACAGGGAUUUGCUGGCACUAAGCCCUGGCAGGUGAGUCGCAG